UACAAUAUUGCAGUAUAGAUCUAGACGCCUCUUCUGAAAAGAAUGAGAGUAAAAAAAAUUGCAACGCGGGAAAUCCCGUUUUUCUGUGCACGAAAGCACCAACAAAGAUAGCACCACGACUUGCUUUGAGAGUUUGAAUCCGGAAACCAAAAAUAGACAACCAAAGAUCUGGCUAGAUCUUCACUUCCAGAGUGUCCGUGUCAUCAAUAGACCUACCAGACAGACAGACGGCGCUGACAGACGGCGCUGACAGACGGCUAGUUUUUUACAAUCUAAAAUUGUAGAUACGUUCCAAAAGAAGGAAGAAGACGACACAGACCCAUGAUCCGGGUACACAAAUGCCGGGUGAAGCUCCCACCCCUCCAGAUGUCCCACACCCCUCUCGCCCCGCCCCCACACCUGACCAGACCUCCCCACACCGACACUGAUCACCACAGUCCGCCUCCCAGAGAUGUGUUCACGAGCAGAGUCUGCUCCCUCAAGGUCACACCUUCAGGGGGACCCUCAGAUAUUGAGUACUUGAAGGGGCCACCGAGAACCCUUUCAAACGAGCUCUCCGCGCAGCUAAAGACAAAGGUGGACGGACGGGUUCAGGGAGCAGCGACGACUAUGACGAGUCGCCAUGCGAGACAUAUUCUGACGAUGAUGAUGACGACAACAGCAAGAAGGAGAGAAGGACGACGAGGAAGAAGAGGACGGGGGAGGGUAUCGGCAGUCACAACACGUCUAUACGGACUAUCAGCGAGGAGUCGUUCCCCUAAUCACCUUUGUAAUGUGAUCGCUCGAUCGCUGUGAGUGACAACAUGACUCGAAGUAUCUAUCCGGAGACGGCUAGAUCGGAGAUAAACCAAUCAAAAUGCUUUGGCAUGUGCCUUGAGACCAAGUAAAAAAAAAAUCUGGGGGGUUACAGGGGGGCACACCCCUCUGUUUUAACCCAUAAUUUGAUAUUUUGCUGUUAGGUUUGAACUCUUCUUGAAAUAACUGAUUUGCUAAAGUUUUAGUUGGUAUGCGGGUGAUCUGCAGCAAAUAAAACGCAGUUUGACCCUCCCCCCUCCCAAAGCAGUGCAUCUGUAUGCAGGAGUGCCUCUCCGAAUAGUUCCUGGGUGCUCGCCGGAGACGUCUCCGAAUAUCUUCUGCCAACAUGACUUGACGAGACAGAUUGAUGAACAAAGAUUUCUGACAAUGUCCUCUGUCGUGGUACAUUAUGUUUUAUUACAAAUGUGUCUUGUUUCUUUACGUACUAUACUGUGUUCACUAUACGACCGUAAUGCAGUUUUGCUUACAUAUUAAAGAUACAUUUUUA